AUGACUCAAGGAGCAGUCAUGGAAACAACCAACCGAGUAUAUGUCUUUGGUGACCAAACCAGCGAGUUUGACUCCGGGCUUCGCCGUCUCAUCCAGACAAAGAACAACAGCUUUGUCACGUCUUUCUUUGAAAGAUGCUUCUAUGCAUUACGGCAUGAGAUCGCCCAGCUUCCGCCAUCUGAUCGCAAAACGCUCCCUAGAUUCACUAGUAUUGUCGAUCUCCUUGCACGAUACCGCGUGUCCGGGCCUAACCCUGCGCUCGAGAGCGCAUUGACUACCAUUUACCAAUUGGGCUCAUUCAUUAGUCAUUAUGGAGACGGCGGGCAUAUUUAUCCCGCUGCUUCUGAGAGCCAUGUUAUUGGACUGUGUACUGGUCUUCUUGCAUCCGCGGCCGUGGCUUCAUCGAGAACAAUUGGUGAAUUGAUUCCAGUUGCGGUCGAGGCCGUUGUGAUUGCUCUGCGCCUGGGCCUUUGCGCUUUAAAAGUUCACAACUCAGUCGGCCGAAGCGAAGGUUCGUCUCAGAGCUGGUCUGCAGUAGUUUCUGGAAUGGAAGAAGAACAGACCGUUGAAUUUAUCCGAGAAUUCUCUACUAAUAAGGGUCUCCCUCCAUCUUCACGCCCGUAUGUCAGCGCAGUGAGCUCGAACGGCUUGACUAUUAGCGCGCCGCCUCGUGUUUUAGAGGAAUUUCUCAAUGAAAAGUUAGCCAAAGAUGUUAAGCCAUUCCGCGUAUCAGUCCACGCCCCUUUUCACGCUCCACACCUGUACGGAAAAGAGGACGUGGACUGGGUCUUGAAAUCCCACGACUAUGGAUCAUUCACCGACUAUUCAGUACACAUUCCAGUUCUAUCAAGCACGAGUGGACGCAAAUUGGUAGUCGACAACUUUGAAGAUCUAUUGAGAGUUGCCGUCGAAGAAAUUCUUCUGGAACAGCUUUGCUGGGAUAAAGUUCUCGAUGGCUACACCUCAAUUCUCAAAUCCUCCGAUGCAAACAAAUGCGUAAUUGUGCCCGUUGCAACCGCCGCAUCUUCGGGACUGUUGACUACACUGAAACGUGCUGGCAUUCCAGAUGUCACAUUGGAUAACGGACUGGCAGAACUUUCUAAAAAUCGCGAAGACUCAAGGUCCACCGGAAGACCCGAGCAAUCUAAAAUCGCUAUUAUCGGAAUUUCUGGAAGGUUUCCUGAAGCUGCCAGCCCAGAGCAGUUUUGGGACUUACUCGAACGUGGCCUUGAUGUUCACAGAGAAGUGCCCCCAGACCGAUGGAAUUGGAAGACUCACGUCGAUCUUACCGGGAAGAAGCGAAAUACUAGCCAAGUCCCUUACGGUUGUUGGAUCAACGAACCAGGCCUGUUUGACCCUCGAUUUUUCAACAUGUCUCCUAGAGAGGCACUUCAAGCCGAUCCAGGCCAGCGACUAGCUCUAGUUACCGCUUCUGAAGCCUUGGAAAUGGCUGGAUUUGUUCCGGAUUCCACUGCUUCAACCCAGAAAAACCGCGUCGGUAUCUUUUAUGGAAUGACUAGUGAUGAUUAUCGUGAAAUCAACAGUGGCCAAGACAUUGACACCUAUUUUAUUCCUGGAGGAAACAGAGCCUUUACGCCCGGCCGCAUCAAUUAUCAUUUUAAAUUCAGUGGCCCUAGCGUCAGCGUGGACACUGCAUGCUCAUCAAGUCUAGCAGCUAUUCAUGUCGCCUGUAACUCACUAUGGCGCAACGACUGUGAUACUGCUAUUGCUGGAGGUACCAACGUGUUGACCAACCCUGAUAACCAUGCUGGUCUUGAUAGAGGCCACUUUCUUUCUCGGACCGGAAACUGCAAUACCUUCGACGACGGUGCCGACGGAUACUGCAGAGCUGAUGGUGUUGGAACUGUUGUGCUAAAGCGCCUUGAGGAUGCUCUAGCCGACAAGGAUCCUAUCCAGGCUGUUAUUGCUGGAGCAUACACGAACCAUUCCGCCGAAGCUGUGUCAAUGACUCGCCCUCACGUUGGUGCCCAAGCUUUCAUUUUCGACAAGCUCCUCAACGAAGCGGAUAUAAACCCGCAUGAUGUCAGCUACAUUGAGAUGCAUGGAACUGGCACCCAAGCUGGAGAUGCGGUUGAGAUGCAAUCAGUCCUCGAUGUCUUUGCUCCUGAUUAUCGCCGCAAGCCUGAGCAGUCGCUCUACCUAGGAUCGGCAAAAGCAAACAUUGGACAUGGAGAAUCAUCAUCGGGUGUCUCAGCCUUGAUCAAAGUGCUUCUCAUGAUGCGCAAGAAUGCCAUUCCCCCUCACUGUGGCAUCAAGACAAAAAUCAAUCAUAAUUUCCCAACUGACUUCAAGGAACGGAAUGUCCAUAUUGCUCUCAAGUCCACUCCUUGGAUCAAAAAGGAGUCUGAGCCACGAAGAUGUUUCAUCAACAACUUCUCUGCGGCUGGUGGUAACACGGCAUUGCUUGUGGAAGACGCUCCUUACCGUCAAGCUGAUGCUGAUGCUCAAGAUCCACGCUCAACGUACGUGGUGGCCGUGUCUGCUAGAUCCCAAAGCGCACUCAAGAACAACAUGAAGAAUUUGAUGGAGUACAUCAGCAACAAUACAUCCGGUGCGGAUGAAAGUCAAUUAUUAGCCAAGCUUUCUUACACCACAACUGCCAGACGCAUCCACCAUCCUUUCCGAGUCAUGGUAGCAGGGAACAGUAUUUCGGAAAUGCAGCAAGGUUUAUCUGCUGCUGUCAGCCGGGAAAGCAUCAGUCCUGCGCCAGCUGCAGCUCCAAACGUUGGGUUUAUCUUCACGGGACAAGGAGCCCAAUAUGCCGGUAUGGGCAAACAGUAUUUUGAGAGUUUCUCUCAAUUCCGCUCCGAUAUUCUGCGCUUUGACGGAAUUGCCCAACGCCAGGGAUUCCCAUCUGUUCUACCAUUGAUUGAUGGGAGCACUCCUAUUGAAGAGUUGAGCCCUGUUGUUACACAGCUAGGAACAACAUGUAUGCAGAUGGCCCUGGCUAACCUGUGGAUGUCGUGGGACGUUCGACCUGCUUUCGUUAUGGGCCAUAGCCUGGGAGAGUAUGCCGCUCUUCAUGCUUCCGGAGCCUUGACAGCAUUCGACGCAAUUUACCUUUGCGGAUACCGGGCUCAACUUCUCGAAGAGGAAUGCAACAUCGGAACCCAUGCGAUGCUCGCAGUACGCUCUGCUGUGAGUGAGAUCACGCCUUUCUUGAAUCCAGGAGUUCACGAAGUUGCCUGCAUCAAUGCUCCUGGGGAGACUGUCAUUAGUGGCACAUGCCAUAAUAUUGAUGCUCUUGCGGAACAAUUUGUUGCCGCAGGAAUCAAGGCAACAAAAUUGCAAGUUCCUUUUGCUUUCCACUCCGCCCAAGUUGAGCCUAUCUUGGAGAAGCUCCAAGAUGCUGGCAAUGGAGUUAGGUUCCAUAAACCCUCGGUUCCUUUAGUUUCCCCAUUACUUGGUGACGUUAUUACUGCCGAGAACUAUGAACAACUUGGUGGGAAAUACUUGAGCCGCCACUGCCGAGAGACCGUGAAUUUCCUUGCUGGUUUAGAGGCUACUCGACACGCGAAGCUCAUGAAUGACAAGACAAUUUGGAUCGAGAUUGGAUCUCACACAGUCUGCUCUAGCAUGAUCAAGGCCACUCUCGGCCCUCAAGCCAACACUGUCGCGUCACUUCGUCGCAAUGAAGAUGCCUGGAAGAUUCUAUCUCAAAGUCUAACAUCGGUGUACCUAGCUGGUAUUGACCUACAAUGGAAAGAGUUCCACCAGGACUUCAAAGCGGGCCACGAGGUUCUUCACCUGCCCGCGUAUAGCUGGGACAACAAAAACUAUUGGAUCGACUACAAGAAUGACUUCUGUUUGACCAAAGGCGGAGACUUAGUGGAACAAGCAGCCUCUAAGCCUGCUGCCCAAAAUCUCACCAUUGCAGCCCAAAAGGUGGUUGAGGUGCACAACGACGAAAACACAGCAAGUGUAAUUGUCGAAACUGAUAUUAACGAUCCACUUUUGGUGCCUGUUAUUCAAAGCCAUAAAAUUAAUGGAGCGGCUCUUUGCCCUUCAUCAUUAUAUGCCGAUAUAGCUCAGACAUUGGCAGAAUACCUUGUUGACAACUUCAAGCCUGAAUUGAAAGGCCUUGGGUUGGAUGUUGCCAACAUGCUUGUUCCAAAGCCUUUGAUUUACAAAAAUGCCGGACCACAGCUUUUGCGCAUCUCUGCUACAGUCGAAUGGAGCUCUCAACAGAUCCCACUCCAGUUCUAUGCUGUCAAUUCAGAAGGAAAGAAGAUAGCAGACCACGCCACCUGUGUAGUCAAGCUAUUUGACUGUGAUGCCGCUCGUGAUGAAUGGAAGCGUAACUCGUAUCUGAUUCGUCGGAGUAUCGACCGUUUGGUCCAGAGUGCUGUGGACGGAGAAAGCCACAAGCUAGGAGGCAGAAUGGCCUACAAGUUGUUUAGCGCAUUAAUCGACUAUGGUGAUAACUACAAAUCGAUGAAAGAGGUCAUCUUGGAUAGUGAGAAUUACGAAGCCACUGCUCGCGUCCAAUUCCAAGCCGAACCAGCCAACUUCCAUCGAAACCCGUUUUGGAUCGACAGUCUUGGUCAUUUGACCGGGUUUACGAUGAAUGCGAAUGAUGCUACGGACUCGGCCAACUAUGUUUACGUUAACCACAGCUGGGACUCGAUGCGCUGCCUUAAGAAGUUCUCAUCCAAUUCAACAUACCGGAAUUACGUGAGGAUGCAGCCUUGGCAAGGUACUAUCUACUCCGGUGAUGUCUACGUCUUUGAAGAGGACGAGAUUAUUGCCGUAUACGGAGGAGUGAAGUUCCAAGGAGUGCCACGUAAGAUCCUCAACUCUGUGCUUCCUCCAGUAGGCGGCACACAGACAGCCUCACGAGCACCCACUAAAAAGGCGGCUCCUGCUCCUGUUACUGUCCCCAAGCCAAAGACUAUAGCGAAAGCGGUUAAUCCGGCAGCAACCAAGUCAUCUGGUCCUAGCAUUGUUGUACAGGCAUUCAAGAUACUGGCAGAGGAAGUUGGACUGUCUGAGUCUGAACUGACAGACGACCUUGUCUUUGCUGACUAUGGAAUCGACUCCUUGUUGUCCCUGACCAUCACAGGGAAGUUUAGAGAAGAACUGAAUGUUGACUUCGAAUCAACAGUCUUCAUUGACCAUCCCACAGUCAAGGAUUUCAAACAAUUCUUGGGCCAGCAGACUGUAUCUCCUACGGAUAGCAGCGAAUCGUCAUCAGAUUCAUCCGUCUUUGACGACUCGGGAUCGGCUUCAGGCUCAUCCACCCCUGGAACCCCCGGCACACCUGCCGAUAUCAAUACUCCAUCUGUCAAAGCCGCUCCAAGUGACCAAGAUAACAAAACUUUGGCCACUAUCCGCCAGACUUUGAUCGAAGAGAUUGGUGUGUCGGCAGAUGAGUUGACUGGGGAAGCUAACCUCGGGGAAAUGGGCAUGGACUCGUUGCUCUCUCUGACUGUGCUUGGAAGACUGCGAGAGUCACUGGAUUUGGACUUGCCAAAUGAGUUUUUCAUUGAGAACCCAACCAUGGAUGACGUUGAGACAGCGUUGGAUCUCAAGCCAAAAGCCCCAGCGGAGCCACCGACACGAAUCUCAGUCCCACCAUCUCUUCCUGCAGCAAGCUCAUCGCCCAAGACCUCGGAGCUCGCACACCCACCUGCAUCAUCAAUUCUACUUCAAGGAAACCCAAAGACAGCAACGGCAACUUUGUUCCUCUUCCCUGAUGGAUCUGGAUCGUCGACUUCGUAUGCGACGAUCCCGAAGAUCUCACCCGAUGUCUGUGUUUAUGGGCUGAACUGUCCCUACAUGAAGACUCCCGAGAAAUUGAACUGCGCUCUUCAGGAUCUCACUGCUCCAUAUGUAGCAGAGAUCAGGCGUCGCCAGCCAAAAGGACCAUAUAACGUGGGUGGCUGGUCAGCAGGAGGAAUCUGCGCCUACGACGCAGCCAAGCAAUUGGUCUUAGAGGAAGGCGAGACUGUGGAAAGACUGUUCCUUUUGGACUCUCCCUUCCCGAUUGGCCUGGAGAAGUUGCCUCCACGCCUGUACCAAUUCUUCGACACCAUGAAAAUAUUUGGUGAUGGCAAGGUUCCCCCACCCAAGUGGCUGCUUCCUCACUUCCUUGCCUUCAUCGAUGCGCUGGAUAUGUACAAAGCAGUCCCUUUCCCCAGCAGCGAUCCUAAAUACGAAAGCCGGCUCCCUAAGACAUAUCUCAUCUGGGCAAAGGAUGGAGUAUGCGGGAAACCUGGCGACCCCAGACCUGAACAAGCACCGGAUGGCAGCCAUGAUCCUAGAGAAAUGCUUUGGUUGCUCAAUGAUCGCACCGACCUUGGACCCAACGGCUGGAACACCCUUGUGGGCGAGAACAAGGUGGCUGCAAUCGAAUCCAUGUCGGGCGUGAAUCACUUUACAAUGAUGAACGGUGACAAGGCAAAGGAAUUGUCCACAUUUAUUGAGAAGGCUUUUGAAUAA